GAGAGGAGGCUCCAUUCUCCAGCCAAAGCUCCUCGCAAACACAUCCCACCUUGCGAGAAAGUCUGCCAGGAGCGGGACCCUCUGCCUGUGGAGCAGGAGGAGGCGAGAGGACGCAGGGAGGGGGCUGCCGCUGCUCAGAGAUCCCGGGGAUUUCUACUCCACUUUGAACUUAAAUGAACUAGCCCCAGACUUGGCGGAGGAAGAGGAAGGAAGCCGCAUCAUCCUCGGCCGCUGCUGCUGCUGCUUCACCACCGUCAUCAUCCUCACCUUGCUUCCGACGCGCUCUAGCCUCCAACCCCUCGCUGACCCGGCUGCCAGGGAUGAUCUGACCCGAGCGCUCCAGCCAUGACAUCCACCUGCCCCCCGGCCGCUGCCUCUCGCUGCCCGCUGGGACGCCGCUAACCAGAACCACCGGGCUCCGCUUGCUCUGCCCCAGCUCCAGCCAGCUCCCCGUCCACGGCCCCCGGAAAGUUCUCCGCUCCUCGGGCAGGGCCGAGCGCCCGCCUCCCCUCGCCCUGCUGGCUGUUUGUUUGUUUUUUUUUUUCUCCCCUAAGUCUUGAAGUUGAGUUUUAAAGGCGACACGGCGGCUUCAGCCGACUUCUUCCCCUUCCUUUGCCUCCCCAUGGAUAUGCACUGCAAGGCAGACCCCUUCUCGGCAAUGCACCGGCAUGGGGGAGUGAACCAGCUCGGGGGGGUGUUUGUGAAUGGCAGGCCCCUACCUGACGUGGUGAGACAAAGGAUAGUCGAGCUGGCUCACCAGGGAGUGCGACCCUGUGACAUCUCCAGGCAGCUGCGGGUCAGCCACGGUUGUGUCAGCAAGAUCUUGGGCAGGUAUUACGAGACUGGCAGCAUCAAGCCCGGCGUGAUCGGCGGCUCCAAGCCCAAAGUGGCGACCCCCAAAGUAGUGGAUAAAAUCGCCGAGUACAAGAGACAAAACCCGACCAUGUUCGCCUGGGAGAUCCGGGACCGGCUCCUGGCCGAGGGCAUCUGCGACAACGACACGGUGCCCAGCGUCUCCUCCAUCAACAGGAUUAUCAGAACCAAAGUUCAACAGCCUUUCCACCCGACACCAGAUGGGACUGGGACAGGAGUGACUGCACCUGGACACACUAUCGUUCCCAGUACAGCAUCCCCUCCCGUCUCCAGUGCCUCCAAUGAUCCAGUGGGUUCUUACUCCAUUAACGGGAUCCUGGGCAUUCCUCGGUCGAAUGGCGAGAAGAGGAAACGUGAUGAAGAUGUGUCUGAGGGCUCGGUUCCCAACGGAGACUCCCAGAGCAGCGUGGACAGUUUGCGGAAGCACCUUCGUGCCGACACUUUCACCCAGCAACAGCUGGAAGCUUUAGAUCGAGUCUUUGAACGUCCUUCUUACCCUGAUGUCUUUCAAACAUCAGAGCACAUCAAAUCUGAGCAGGGUAAUGAGUACUCCCUCCCAGCUCUGACCCCUGGCCUUGAUGAAGUCAAGUCAAGUCUAUCUGCCUCUGCUAACCCAGACCUGGGGACCAACGUGUCAGGACCCCAGACGUACCCCGUGGUGACCGGUCGUGACAUGGCGAGCACCACCUUGCCCGGUUACCCACCCCAUGUCCCGCCAACUGGACAGGGCAGCUACCCAACCUCAACUCUCGCAGGAAUGGUACCCGGGAGCGAGUUCUCGGGGAACCCUUACAGUCACCCUCAGUACACGACCUACAACGAGGCCUGGCGAUUCAGCAACCCCGCAUUACUAAGUUCCCCUUAUUAUUAUAGUGCCACAUCCCGAGGCGCUGCACCUCCCACUGCUGCCGCUGCCUAUGACCGCCACUAGUUACCAUGGAAACCACAUGAAACUGCAGGGCGACAGCUUAGGCCUUCAUAUUGUACCUGUCUGAUCAACGUUCUCCAACCCUGGGAAGGGUGAAGAGAACUUCUCCGUCCCCCUCCACGCCCAGCUAUCCCUCCCCUUCCCUGCAGAAUGUGCUGGAUCGAAGCGCUCACGACAUCGGACUGAGAAAUACGCGUCCCCUGCACUCUGUCCCUCGCCCCAACUCAACUACUUCCGUGGACAACAGGAAAGGCCUGUGGCCAGCUCACCUGCUGCUGUAGUCCUUCAAACCAUCCCAGGCACAGUUCAGCCACGCAAGGCCACCCUGAUUUUGAAGACUGAGGGGAAUUCAAGCAAUGCAAGCUGCAACCCUUGUUUAUACAGGACUCUGUUCUCCAGGGAGCGGUAGAGGCAGGGUGAAGUGGGGAGGAAGUCACCUGCAACAAAUUGUUCCCUCAAGAAACUUUCUUCCGUGGUGGAUGCUUCAAAAUGCUAACCGAUAAGCCUGUUUCAGAGGCCUGAGGGACUGGGCUGGCUAGCAUGGGGAUGGCAGCACAGAGAGGCAACCCAGCUAGCAGUGAAGAAAAGGCCCAAGUGCAACACUCUCCAUUCCUCCUCCUACUCCCCCACACCCCGGGUCUCUCUGUGUGCUCCAUCCCCACUCUUCUCUUCAUGCCUUGGCUUCCUUCCAGGUUCCGUUUGAAGGCCACACCCAGCGUGUUGUGACCUCGCAGGCUGGAGUUGGGUUGAAACACACACAAACACGAUUUCUGUGACACACAAUCAGCUCAGACAGGAGGAUGGAGCGACAUCAACCA